AUGGCUGACCACGAUGAUAGUUAUCAUGAUUAUUCAGACUCUACAGUAGUUAACUUGAGCAAUAAUAGAGAUUCGAUAGAACCAUAUCAUGAUAACCCUAGCACAGCCUCGAUCGUUACAGGCACGCCACUAUUAUACACUUCCUUUAACGGUCCUGACGAUGCACAUGUGAUGUGUGGGAGUAAUGACAAUGACGAAGAUAAUGGUUGUCGUAUGGAAAGGUCUUCGAGUCAACCUGUAAAGAAGCUAUGGAUCGCAAUAGUAAUAUCCCUUUUAUUCUUUUCCGUCGAACUUGUUGGUGGUAUAAUUGCCGAGAGUUUAGCAUUAUUGAGUGAUUCUUUUCAUUUACUGAGUGAUGUAGUGAGCUUUGGUAUUUCACUCUUAUCAAUAUAUCUUGCACAACGUCCUGCUACUAGAGCGCUCUCAUAUGGUUAUCAUCGUGCUGAAAUUUUGGGUGCUCUUGUUUCAAUUUUCCUUAUAUGGCUUCUCACAUUAUAUUUGUGCAUCGAAGCCUACCAUCGUAUACAAAAUCCCGUACAGGUAGAUGGAAAAACAAUGUGCAUUGUUGCUGUUAUCGGUGUUUUUGUUAACAUUGUAGACAAUGUCAAUGUCCGUGCUGCAUUGCUUCAUGUCUUGGGUGAUUUCCUCUCUUCGUUAGGUGUUUUGAUUUCUGCUAUAAUAAUUAUGUUCGAUCCAAGCAAAGUAUGGGUUGAUCCAAUAUGCACUUUCGUCUUUUCGGCUCUUGUAAUGAUAACAACAUAUGGCGUCUUUCGAAGCAGUAUAAGAGUUUUGAUGGAAGCAACGCCAUUACAUAUUGAUUCAUUUGCUGUAAGAAAAGAUUUAGAAGCCAUUAAAGGUGUAGAGAGUGUUCAUGAUUUGCAUAUCUGGGAUUUGACUGUUGGUCGGACAACACUCACGGCUCAUAUUCGACUUCAUAAAUAUGACCCGGAUGUUCAAGCUGAGCCUUUUGUUCCUAAUGAAAUAUUACUACUUGCUCGCCGUAUAUUAAAGCAGAAAUAUGGUAUAUCGCAUGUGACGAUUCAAAUCGAGUGA